CAAAGCAUCUCAUCCAGCAUCUCAUUCAGCAUUCAAUAUCGCAGCAUCUCAAGCCAUCAAUACGACCAACUCCAACCUUCACAAUGUUCUCUUCAAUUAUCAAUCUUCUGGCCGUCAGCGCCAUGCUCUCGCUUGCCAUCGCUGCUCCAACCCCAUCUCCAAUCUCCAACAAUCAACACCGGCAAGCAGCAGAAGUCGUCGGCGCCACCGUCGAAGUAGCAGAAUUCAUCAUGGACGUCGUCUCCAAAGUCCAAGACGCAUUCAACGAAGCCUACGACCAAGCAUCCCAAUUCACACAAGACACAGUCGUCCGACUCGCAGCCAAAUACCCGACCAAGAACAUUCUCAUGUAUCACGAUCAAGACAGCACGUAUAAGCUUUACGGCGCUCAGCAUCAACAUGUUGAAUUCGACCUGGCAGCGCCGCUCGGCACGAUGGGGUAUGAGAUUUGGAUUUUCGAUCAUGGGACUUUUCAGAGGGCUGGUGAUGGGGGGUAUCUGAAUUGGGCGUAUAUUGGGAAUGCUACGGCUCUGAAUGAUGAUGGUGGGGUGCAGUUUUAUUUGAGACAGUGAUGUGUUUGGGAUAUGUUACUUGUGUUGGGGCGUUCAAUGGGCGUUUUUGAGCGAUUCUGUGAAUUUAGCGAUUCUGUCAGUUCAGCGAUUCUGUUCUUCUUAUUCUUUUCCAUCCAUCUCAUUAAGGGCUAUCCGAAUGUACGAAAGUAUUGUUUCCAAGCGCUGCAUUUUCAAUGCACAGAUAUGCUCUCAAAGUC